AUGUCUAAGCAAAGGUACUCUAGUGAAGAGGCCUAUAGGAUUCUGACCAUGUCAAGUGAGAGCGAAGGGGAAGACUCACUGGCAGAACCAGGCUCAGAAUACGAACCUAUAGACAGCAGCGGCACCCUGACAGCUAGCUCAGACGACGAGGAAGUGGUACCUGCUAAGGUUGCUGAGGUGGUACAAAUGCAUGAUGACUCUCAUAUGCAGCAGAGUGCCAGUACUAGUGCCGCAGUAUCUUUUGGUGAACUGGCGAGCACCAGCGGCCUAGUACGUCCUGGUCGUAGGCAUACCAGCACUGCAGUAUCACUUGCAAAUUUAAAUACUCCCCUUAAUUGUUUUGAGCUGUUUUUCACAGAAGAUCUUUAUGCAUUGAUUGUGGAUCAAAGCAAUUUAUAUGCACGACAAUUUAUCGCCGCCAACCCAAAUUCAAACCUUGCCAGACCAUUCGCAUGG